UGGUAACGUCACAUUUUUGCUUCAUCGCAAGUAAACAAGAGAAUUUGAAAGAAAAAAAAAACUUUAUUUUCCGGCUGGCGAAACAGCUCUAUAUUAAAACAACAGAUGUGUUUGCAACGAAUCGAAUCAAUUAAAUAAAUUAAGCGAAUUAAGCAGAAUGAACUACUCGAAGUUAAUGUCGUUUAUUGGUAAUGUACCCCAUACCGGCAGAUGUCUGUGGUCAAGGAAUUUUAGCAUUUCCACCCAAGCUAAACCGAAAACCGGAAUUUUAAUGUUAAAUAUGGGCGGCCCACAAACUACAGAUCAGGUGCACGAUUAUCUGCUGAGAAUAAUGACCGAUCGGGAUAUGAUUCAGUUGCCGUUCCAAAGCAAAUUGGGACCAUGGAUUGCUCAACGUCGUACGGAAGAAGUUCAAAAGAAGUACAAGGAAAUCGGUGGCGGAUCACCAAUAUUGAAAUGGACGAAUCUACAGGGUGAUUUGCUAUGCAAGGAACUGGAUAAAUUAUCUCCGAAUACAGCACCGCACAAACAUUAUGUUGGCUUUCGUUAUGUCAAUCCGCUGACCGAGGACACAUUACAACAAAUUGAAAAAGACUCACCGGAACGAGUCGUAAUCUUUUCACAAUAUCCCCAAUAUAGUUGUGCCACGUCUGGGUCCAGCUUCAAUUCGAUUUACCAACACUACAGGAAGCGCGAUUUUCCCAAAAACAUCAAAUGGAGCAUUAUUGAUCGCUGGGCCACGCAUCCGUUGCUGGUGAAAACUUUCGCUGAGCGUAUCAAAGACGAAUUGAAGAAAUUCCCGGAGGACAUUCGCAACGAAGUUAUCAUUUUGUUUUCGGCCCAUUCGCUUCCGCUGAAGGCUGUAAACAGAGGAGACGCUUAUCCAUCGGAAGUUGGUGCUUCCGUUCAGUUAGUAAUGAAUGAAUUGAAACAUUGCAAUCCAUAUAGCUUGGCGUGGCAAUCGAAAGUCGGUCCAUUACCAUGGCUCGAACCAUUUACCGAUGAUGCCCUGAAGGGCUAUGUGAAACAAGGUCAGAAAAAUUUUAUACUCGUACCGAUAGCGUUCGUGAACGAGCACAUUGAAACGUUGCAUGAACUUGACAUUGAAUACUGUGAUGAAUUAGCCAAAGAGAUUGGCGCUGAACGGAUUGGUAGAGCAGCCGCACCGAAUGAUCAUCCAAUAUUUAUAAACGCUUUAUCCGAUAUCGUAAUCAAUCAUUUGAAUAGUUCGGUCACCGUCAAUCCUAAAUUCUUAAUGCGAUGUCCGCACUGUGUGAAUCCACGGUGUUUAGAGAGUAAGAAAUGGUACACGAAAUUUUGUGCUUAGCGCAAGGUGCAGAGCUGGUGCAUGCAGCCGAAAUGAUGGAAUUUAUACGCAAUUUUGUUAUACUUUUUUGGUGUAGGACACAAUAUUUAUGUAAUUAUAGCACUGAAUAAUCUCAGA